UAAUCGAAUAUGUGACCAAAAUUUCCAAUUCUUCCGUAGAACGGACGAUCGUCACCGGGCAUUUACAGGCUGGGGCGACUAGCAAGGCAGAAGUUUCCAUUUCCCUAUGACGUACCGUGCAAAAAGCAGGAGCGUAAAGUUUCCAAAGCGAAUGUUGUUGUGAAACAUAGACCAUCGGUAGGAAUUGUCCACAGCGCGUGUCGAGCUCUUAGGUUUACUGAACGUGGUGUCAACACAAAGCUAUCAUUGUUCCUCGCGAAGUGAUCGCGCCACAAUCGAUGUCUCUGAGCAUUUUUUCGUCGUAGAACUGAUCUGCAGUCGCGCACGCCAUUCGUCAUGAGGAACUACAUACCAGAUAUAAUAAUUUUGUUCAUCAUCAUCGUCACGGUAACUAUCGUACGGUUAGUUUCGCACAUUCUGCACGAAACCCUCAGCGAUGGACCGGACCUUGCUGCUCUUCCGGCCGGUGGAGUUGAUGUACACCAGGCGGAGCUAUCACUCAGUCAGCUGCUUGAUCGGACAUCGAAAGAGUACUCCUGGUUGCUGAGAAUGAUGGUAAACCUCUUCGGCUACCUCUGCAUCUUCGUACCGGGAGUGCUUAUCUACAAGUAUGCUAAACGCACGAAGUACAUGGAGCGGUCGGAACGAUCGCACCUGUCGGCACUGGUAAAGUUCUGUUUCUCUGGCACAUCGGCGGAUGGCAGCGAUCGCCCGUUGGACGGUCAACCUGGUGGUGGGAAGGGCAAACGCACCACCGCCCAGGAGUGUUUGCUGAUGGGUUACUGUCUCGUGGGGCUGAUGGGCUCCUAUCUAACCUGGGGAGUUUUGCAGGAAAAGAUCAUGACCCAGGAGUAUGAGGGUCCGGAGAAGCGCAAAUCGCACUUUAAAGACUCCCAAUUCCUAGUGUUCUCGAAUCGAGUGCUCGGUUUCCUGAUAACUGCCGUCUAUCUUGUGGGCAAGCGCCAGUUCCGGCACCGUGCGCCACUGUACAAGUACUCGUUCGCUUCGUUUUCGAACAUCAUGAGCGCCUGGUUCCAGUACGAAGCACUAAAGUUCGUAAACUUCCCCACCCAGGUGCUAGCCAAGUCGUGCAAAAUCAUUCCAGUGAUGAUAAUGGGCAAGAUAAUCUCACGCAACAAGUACGAAUUCUACGAAUACCUGACCGCGGUCAUGAUCUCCGUCGGUAUGAUCUUCUUCCUGACCGGUUCGACGGACGAAUCGAAAUCGACUGCCAUGACGACGCUGACCGGUGUGCUACUCCUCACGUUCUACAUGAUCUUCGAUAGCUUCACUUCGAACUGGCAGGGUGAGCUGUUCAAAUCGUACUCGAUGUCAUCCAUCCAGAUGAUGUGUGGCGUGAAUCUGUUCAGCACGCUCUUUACCGGAGCGUCACUCGCCAUGCAGGGCGGGUUCUACAGCUCGCUUGUCUUUGCCGUCGACCAUCCGAAGUUUGUGGUCGAUUGUGUAGUCCUUUCCAUCUCGUCUGCGAUCGGGCAGCUGUUCAUCUUCUACACGAUCGCUACCUUUGGCGCGGUGGUGUUCACGAUCAUCAUGACACUGCGCCAGGCCAUCGCAAUACUGCUGUCCUGCCUGAUCUACCAGCACCGAAUUUCUUCCCUUGGCGUGAUCGGCGUGCUGAUAGUGUUUCUGGCAAUCUUUCUACGGGUGUACUGUAAUCACCGGCUGAUGGCCAUCAAACAGAGACACCAGGCAGCCCAGGGGAGCGGUAGCAGCAAACCACGCAUCAACGUUUAGGCCGGUUGUGGCGUAUCGUUUACUUAACCAGUAGUUGCAGCGUUUAUGAUUCAACGAUUUCGGUGUUCUUUCUUUCCGUUAGGCGAGAGAGUGAGAACACAUACGAGUUAGGGAUGGCUAGCUUUUGCUGCUCCGGCUUCUAACACAACGGCCCAGUACCAGUUAAUCAGUAGACGUUUUAUCGAACAGCUUAUACGCUGCGAUAGAUAAGAAAUUUUAUUUAUGUACACGAAAGCUGAUAGGCGAAAGCGAACGCAACCAACGGUGUAGAUUGAAGUAGCCAAAUACAAACCGACCGUAAAGUACGCUUAAUGCUUGUUCUAACCAAAAAC